GCGAAGGAGCGGGCGCUGGCCCGGCAGCUGCUGGCCGAGGGCAAGAAGGAAAAAGCCAUGCUCUUGCUGAAGAAGAAGCGUUACCAAGAGCAGCUCCUAGAUAAAACAGAAAACCAAAUCAGCAACCUGGAGCGCAUGGUGCAGGACAUUGAAUUCACCCAGAUUGAGAUGAAAGUCAUCGAGGGCCUGAAAAUAGGCAACGAGUGUCUGAACAAAAUGCACCAGGUUAUGUCAAUAGAAGAAGUAGAAAGAAUCAUAGGAGAAACCCAAGACGCUGUGGAGUACCAGAGGCAAAUAGACGAGUUGCUGGCUGGCAGCCUGACUGAGGAAGACGAAGACGCCAUCCUAGAAGAAUUAAACGCAAUUACUCAGGAACAGGUGGAGCUUCCUGAAGUUCCCUCUGAGCCGCUCCCGGAGAAGAUCCCAGACGCGUCGCCCGUCAAGAACAGGCCAAAGCCAGAGCUGGUGGCAGCGUCGUAA